AUGGCUGCUGUGGCAAUCACUACUGUGCUGCUUCUUUUGUCUUUUUCAGUAAAUUCACAAAAUACAGGAAGGAUCAUCGGGGGUCAGGAGGUCGAACCGUACUCUAUCAAAUACCAGGCAUCCAUUCAGACUGAGGUCGGGGAUCACUAUUGUGGAGGCACGCUAGUUCACCCAGAGUGGGUGGUAUCUGCUGCCCACUGCUGGAGACCGAGUAAUUUUAUGAGGGUUGUGCUAUGUGAGCACAGCCUGAUCAAAACAGAGGGAUUUGAACAGAUCUUCAAUGUCUCAAAGAUAUAUGUACACAAUUAUAAUUUCAGGACAUAUGAGAAUGACAUCAUGCUUAUUAAGCUUAACAGACCAGCACAGCUGAAUGCUUAUGUUCAGCCAGUUCUGAUACCUGAUGGAGGUACCCCUCCCUUUAGUGGCACCUGCAUAGUGAGUGGCUGGGGAGUGACACAGGUUUACAGUUACACCCUCUCCCCUGUGCUACGUGCUGUGGAUGUAAGAGAAAUACCUUACUGCACUUGGUAUUACUGGGGCAGGAUCAAACCAGGUAUGCUUUGUGCUGGAUCUCCAUACGGGGGAAAGGACUCUUGCCAGGGCGACUCUGGGGGCCCCCUUGUCUGCAAUGGCUACUUUGAGGGCAUUGUCUCCUGGGGUAUUGGCUGUGCAAAUCAGUACUACCCUGGUGUCUACACCAGAGUCAGGAGCUAUAGUCAGUGGAUUAACUGGUUUAUUGACAACACACCAUGA